AUGACUGAUGAAGUUGUUCUGCUAGAUUUUUGGCCUAGUCCUUUUGGAAUAAGAGUGAGGAUAGCCCUUGCUGAAAAGGGUAUCAAGUAUAGAUACAUAGAAGAAGAUUUGAUGUCUUUGAAAAAAAGCCCUUUGCUGCUAGAAAUGAACCCGGUUCAGAAGAAAAUCCCGGUUCUCAUUCACAAUGGAAAACCCAUUUUUGAAUCUCUAAUUGCUGUUCAGUAUAUUGAUGAAGUUUGGAAUGAUAGAUCUCCUUUGUUGCCUUCUGAUCCUUAUCAGAGAUCACAAGCUAGAUUCUGGGCUGACUAUGUUGACAAUAAGAUAUAUUCAAUUGGAAGGAACAUUUACACCAAAAAAGGAGAAGAACAAGAAAUUGCAAAGAAGGAAUUCAUAGAUACUCUCAAACUGCUAGAGGAGCAGCUGGGAGAGAAGUCUUAUUUUGGAGGAGACAAGUUUGGUUUUGUGGAUAUUUCACUCAUUCCAUUCUACAGCAGACUAAAAGUUUUUGAGACCUUUGGCAACCUCAACUUAGAGAAUGAGUGUCCCAAGUUCAUUGCAUGGACUAAAAGAUGCAUGCAGAUUGAGAGUGUUUCCAAGUCUCUUCCAGAGCAGGAUAAGAUCUAUGAGUUUAUUGUUGACAUGAGAAAGUUGUUAGGCAUUGAGUAG